CUCUGUGAAUUGCCUUGAAACUAGUACAUUUGGCGCAUGGGUCCUUGUUUUUGGAUAUAAAUAAUACGAAAUGAGUGCGUUAAUGUUUUGAAAUAAAGAAUCUGCUCACCCUUACAGGCGGUAGGAGGAUUUUGUAGUGUUGUUACAUCAGGUCUUUGUCAGUAUUAUCAAAGUUGGGAAAGGAGUGAAACGCUUGCAGGAUCAUGAGUGAGCUGGAGCAGUUGCGGCAGGAGGCAGAGCAGCUGCGCAAUCAGAUCAGAGAUGCCAGGAAAGCAUGCAGCGACUCCAGCCUGUCCCAGAUUACAGCUGGUCUGGAUUCAGUUGGGAGGAUCCAGAUGAGAACGAGGCGGACACUCCGAGGCCAUUUAGCCAAAAUCUACGCCAUGCACUGGGCUACUGAUUCUAGGUUACUAGUUAGUGCCUCACAAGAUGGCAAACUCAUCAUUUGGGACAGCUACACCACAAACAAGAUGCAUGCCAUUCCAUUAAGGUCAUCAUGGGUGAUGACUUGUGCCUACGCUCCCUCAGGGAAUUAUGUAGCCUGUGGAGGCCUGGACAACAUCUGCUCAAUCUAUAGCCUUAAAACCCGUGAGGGCAAUGUCAGAGUGACUAGAGAACUUCCAGGACACACAGGUUAUUUGUCGUGUUGUCGCUUUCUGGAUGAUAGUCAGAUAGUCACCAGCUCUGGAGAUACUACAUGUGCUCUGUGGGACAUUGAGACUGGUCAGCAGACCACCACAUUCACAGGGCACAGUGGAGAUGUGAUGAGCCUGUCUCUCAGCCCAGACUCUAGGACUUUUGUGUCAGGUGCCUGUGAUGCGUCCUCGAAAUUGUGGGACAUCCGAGAUGGAAUGUGCAGACAGUCUUUCACGGGACAUGUUUCUGAUAUAAAUGCUGUCAGUUUCUUCCCAAAUGGUAAUGCGUUCACCACAGGCUCGGACGACGCCACUUGUCGUUUGUUUGACCUUCGCGCAGACCAGGAACUGAUGAUGUAUUCGCAUGACAACAUUAUCUGUGGGAUCACCUCUGUGGCCUUCUCUAAGAGUGGCCGCCUGCUGCUUGCUGGCUAUGAUGACUUCAACUGCAAUGUAUGGGAUACUCUAAAGGGAGAGCGUGCAGGUGUUCUAGCUGGGCAUGACAACAGAGUCAGCUGUUUGGGGGUAACCAGUGAUGGCAUGGCUGUGGCCACCGGUUCUUGGGACAGCUUCCUUAGGAUAUGGAACUGACCUCACUGGGUUGGACUUCGGGAGCCACUCUUUCUGAUCACACAAUCACUGUAGUGCACCGCUGCCACAGAGGACCCUUCCCUCUCCAUCUCCUCCUUAUAGAUGACCUAGUUUUCUUCAUCUUCUCUCUUUCUUAGACCGCAUUAUCCCACCAUCCUGCAGUCAGUCAAAGAGGUGAGGACCAACAGCGAUGAGCCUCCACUGGCUCUCUGUCUUUCUGGCUUGAUGUCUGACUCGAGGUGGGGGACAGACUGUGUUGUGUACAGUAUAUAUCUGCCAUUCUGUGUGCUUGUAUGUGUAACAUAUGCACUUCUGACAGUGUUUGGAUGUGUGGAUACUCGUGAUGGGUGUCUUAACUGUCCCUGUUUUCUUUUCCUGCUUAUUUUGUUUCUCUUUGUCCCCAAUCACAGUGCUAUUUGCCAGACACAGUGGCCAGUGUAAUUAACUAAGGGAUUAGGCUGCCACAGUAUUGUAGGCCAUAAGUGUUUGGCCCUCAACCUUAAUUUAGUUUGCAUCAGGUAGCAUCAGUGUUGGGUCUAUUCUUUCAUAAAUGGUUCAGGCUCAGCUUGGUAAUGUGUAGUUGUGAGAGAAACACUGAUGCCACUGAGCUUGUGUUUGCCACCCUCUAAGCUUGACAGUAAUGUUUGGCGUGUUUCAGUGUAUUAAACUGCAUUACAGACAGCACAGAAGGAUUUACUAUCAGCCUGUCUGUCCAUCUGUCUUUACUAUCACUAUAUGUACCAUCUGAGAUUUGCUGCUUUCCAUAUUUAUUUUGCUGGAUAUAUGAUACAUAUAUGGUUAAAGGUAUAGUUCACCCACAAGUGUAAUUUGUUGUAAUUUGCUCACCCUCAUGUUGUUCCAAACCUGUAUGACUUUAGUUUUUUCUGGUAAAAUCAAAAGAACAAUUCUAAAGAAGACUGCUGUUUUCCAAUAAAUCACAAUAUAUGAGUACUGAUGCAUUUAUGCUUAAUGGAUCCAAAAACCCCUUAAAACCGAUAUGAAAGUAUUCCAGAUGACUCUACAUUCCAAGUCGUCUGAGGACGUACAAAAUAAUGAGUGAGAAGCAGACUGAAAUUUAAGUUGGUAAUCUAAAUUUAGCCACUUAAUCCAAAUUGAGUGGGCUGAAUGAACUCAUGAGCUGAAUCAGAAUGAAACCUUUCAUUAACACUCAGUUAUCAGUGAAUUACGACUUUAGUCUGUUAUUCACAAAAAUUUGUUGUAUGUCUUCAUACGACAUGGAGUGGUACACCCAUCAAAUGGGCCACUUUCAUGGUGAUUUUACAUGCGUGGAUGCACAAAAAAUCAUAUGGUUUUGGAAUCACUUGAGGCUGAGUACGUGAUGACAUUUUAAGCAAAACUAUUUCUGGAAAGUUUAAGGUUAAGUCUUUUGUUUUGAUCCGAACACCAAGCAUGGCCUUGAUGCUUUGUGAGACUUUGCCAUUGGUGAGCAGGCUGGAAUUGCAACCUGAUACCUAACAAGAGGCCUUGGUCACUGCCACUCUGACAUUGUCUGCCUUUCUACAUGCACUAUGAACACCUGCCCACUGAGAUGAAGACCUAGCUAGGACUGUAUGCUUUUGCACUAGAAAAUAGUCACGUGAGACUGCACACACUGGUGUUUCUGCACGUAUUUGAAUUAAUGUGCUUCAGCUCUAUGACAAAAAAAAAACUGUCAUGGACCACAAGCUACACUGUGUGUAUUUAGUCACAAAUGUGUGUAUUGAAGGUAUAUAGCCCUCUGUCUGUUUCAGUAAAACAACAACAAAAAAGCAAGCCUUAAAAGGAAGUAAUUUUUCACUUGAACCAUCAGUAAUCACCUUAAAUUUGUGCCAAUCAGUGUGAAUUAAUGUAAAGGCUGGCUUUGUGAGCACAUACAAAUCUGUACAAAGGUUAUGCGUUUCAUUGUGGUUGUUUAGUUUUGGGCUUUUUUUUUCCAGGCAAGUUUUUGACAUUAACGAUACUUACAUUUCCAAUACAAGAUUGCAUUCAGUAUUCUGUAUUGUUUUGUGUUAUUUCAGGUGUUUAAUAUAUGACAUUUACUGUUCAUCGGAUAAAUUUCAUUUCAAUCAUGCAGUUACUUAUGAUAUGAAAGGACAUCCAACAAAUGUGGAAGUUAUGAUCCUCCUGUUUUGAGUGUUUACAACAUUUAGGCGGUUAAGGUACAUGAAGAACUUUGCAUAGUGCAAUGAAGGCCAAAAGGGUUUUAACCUGAAUUGAUUUAGUAAAACUAACAUAAUUGAUAUGACAUCCAAUUCUCCUCAAGGUAUAGCCUUUGUAGGUGUUUAAUUGACUUGAAGGUAUGUUCCAGUUUCAAUACAAUACAAUCAAUAAUGUACGGUACAUAUUGCUUUUUCUGGGAAAAUGAGGCACUUGCCAUUAAAAUAAAUAAUGUACAGCACAUGUGUAAAUUUGACA